GGAUUCCCUGUAACGCGGCAAUCCUGACGAAAGAAAAGAUAUCUCAGAAAUUUUUGAGAAGAGCAAAUAACAAAUAGCUGUAUCUUCAUAAGCAUAAGUUAAGAGAUUAGGUCACAAUCACAAACCUUUCUUGGGUUUUUCUCCUACCUCUUGCUUCUCCCCUCUCCCAAGAAGCUAACCCUAGCAAACCCAGAUAAUCAAAAAUUUCAACAGACUCGGACAUUGGGAUUGAGUCUCUCUAGUUUCAGGUUGGGUUCUUUCUGGUGUAAUCUUGUGAGAGUUUUUGUUGUGGGAGAAAGAGAAAAUCAAAUGCCGGACGAAGAAUUGGUAGAACUUAAAUUCCGGUUAUAUGACGGUUCAGAUGUUGGCCCCUUUCAGUACUCUCCUACUGCAACAGUCUCAAUGCUCAAGGAGAGAAUUGUCUCCGAGUGGCCUAAAGACAAGAAGAUUGUUCCAAAAUCAGCUAGUGACAUCAAGUUGAUAAAUGCUGGCAAGAUUUUGGAGAAUGGUAAAACUGUUGCACAGUGUAAAGCUCCAUUUGAUGACCUCCCUAAAUCCGUCAUCACAAUGCAUGUUGUCGUGCAACCGUCUCCAACAAAAGCAAGACCAGAGAAAAAAAUCGAUGAGGAAACCCCACAGAGAAGCUGUUGCUCAUGUACCAUAAUGUGAGAAGAACAAGUCCCAAAACAACAAAUAUGAAAGCGUUAAGUUUUGCUUCUCUAUGGUUUAUGCUAGAAGACCUUAAAAACUUAAAAACUUAAAACUACCAUUUCUGCGCUUCAUAUUCUAUAUAUUCAUCCUCUCAAGUUCAAACAAAGCUUCAUCAAUGGGAUUAUAAAGCUGGUUUAUUAGAGUUGUUUAUCUUCUGAUGAUGAAAAACUCUUGUUUGGAGCAUCCGUUAUAAAGAUAAAGAGUUUUGUCUUUC